AUGGAUCCUCCACCACCACCACCCACUACGGGUGAACCUAUUCAACCAUUCAUACCAAAAUCCACUCAACCUUCACCAAAUACCACCAUUCCAACCAAUACCACCGAACCCACUAUAAUCCAAAAUGUUACACCAACCAACACCACACAACCCAUUACUACCCAAGAUGAACCAACCAUUACCUUUAAUCCUUCCACUACUAUACCGCCAUUAUCCCACUUCUUUCCGGGUGCGGGAGAUGGGUAUGAUGAAGGAUUUGAGGAGUUUGAUGGUUAUGAUGAAGAUGGGUAUGCUUAUGGUGGUGAUGGAGAUCAAGGGGAAUUCGGUUAUAUGCAAGGCCAAAUGCAAGUGAUGCCAAAUGUAGGUGGAGUGCAACAACAACAACUCAUACCUCAACAUGUGAGGCCGAGGCCACAAGGGCCACAAAUGCAACGUCCCAUACCAUUGCAACAAGUUCGUCCACCGAAUGUUCAACAACAAUUCCAAAGGCCAAUUCAAAACCCACCCAUGCCACAACAACAAUUUCAACAACCAAAUGUCAUGCGACUGAAAAUUGCCAAGGAAUGGUGGAAGGGCAAUAUGAAGAAGUUCAUGCGGUACAAGGUCAAGGAGAUGGUGGUAGGAACUACAACAUGA